GUUUAUACUUCCAUAUAAUCAAUGUAUACAUUCUUCUCAAAAGGCAACACCGCCAUGUCUGCUAUAUUGCUCCUUAUUGGAUUAUUAUCUUCCACUGGAGUACAAUUUACCGGUGCACAAUCCGUGGGUGUCUGCUAUGGAUUAAAUGGAAACAACUUACCAACUAAGCAAGCUGUGGUGGAUUUAUAUAAAUCAAAAGGAAUUGGCAAAAUGCGUAUGUACGAUCCAGAUGAAGGAGUCCUUCAAGCCCUUAGAGGUUCAAACAUAGAGGUGAUCCUUGGUGUCUCUGAUAAAAACAAGCUUCAAGAUCUUACUAAUGCUCGAGCUGCAACAGAUUGGGUCAAUAAGUAUGUGAAAGCAUACUCACCAAACGUCAAAAUCAAGUACAUUGCAGUUGGUAACGAGGUUCACCCAGGUGAUGCUGCAGCAGGGUCUGUUCUUCCCGCAAUAAAAAACAUUCAGAAAGCAAUUUCUUCAGCCAAUUUACAAGGACAAAUCAAGGUCUCCACCGCAAUAGACACUACCUUACUAGGCAAGUCUUACCCACCAAAAGAGGGUGUUUUCAGUGAUAGUGCGAGUCAAUAUAUAAAGCCUAUUAUAAGCUUCCUAGCAAGCAACGGAGCACCACUUCUUGCAAACGUGUACCCUUAUUUCUCCUAUGUUAAUAACCGACAAAGCAUUGGUCUUGACUAUGCUUUGUUUACUAAAAAAGGAGCAAACGAAGUUGGGUAUCAAAACCUGUUUGAUGCAUUGUUGGAUUCUGUGUAUGCUGCUCUUGAGAAAGUAGGGGCACCAAAUGUGAAGGUUGUUGUAUCUGAGAGUGGUUGGCCAUCUGAAGGUGGAACUGCAGCUACUGUUGAUAACGCAGGAACUUACUAUAAGAAUCUGAUUAAUCACGCCAAGGGUGGCACUCCAAAGAGGCCUAAUGGACCCAUUGAGACUUAUCUCUUUGCUAUGUUUGAUGAAAACCUGAAGCAGGGUCCAGAAAUUGAGAGACACUUUGGUCUCUUCAGACCUGACAAAUCACCUAAGUACCAACUCAGUUUCAACUGAAACAUGUGAUUACUGAUUAUAAACUCAGUGUGUCACUUACUUAGAAUAAGGGUACCUCGUACCUAUAUGGUUUUAGUUUUACUCCAAUAAUGUACUACAAACUUUAUAUAUGUUUCUAAUAAAGGCGAAUGAUC